AUGGCUGGACGUGAGAUCCCCGAGCUUGUUCAGUAUUGUCGGUUUAGUGUCUCCUCAAUGGAUUCAGCGCAGCUGCAUGACAAAGUGGUGGAUGCUUACAAUCCUUACUACGGUUAUUUUGAUGAACGCUACGACGUGCUCCAGAAAUUGGGCCAAAAAAAUGGUGCAAAGAAGAAAGAAGAUAAGCCAGACAAAAGUGAAAAAAAGGAAUCGAAGAAGUCGGAUAAAGGUGAAAAAAAGGAAUCGAAGAAGUCGGAUAAAGCUGAAUUGAAAAAGGAAUCGAAAAAAGCCGACAAAGAUGAAAAGGAGUCGAAGAAGGCAGACAAGGACAAGAAGGCAUCGCCGAAAGUUGACGAAGGUGAAAAGGAAGUAGAGAAGCUAGAAGUUAAGAGAACUAUAAAAAGGGAAGUAGGUGGCACCAAAGAAGGAAUAUUCAAGGAUGACCAUGACCAGUACGAGGCAAGCAAUUUUGAACAAGGGAAAGAAGAAGAGGACGAAGAGAAAGGUAAAGAAUUCAAUAUCAUAGUGGCGAUAAUUGAGGCUAGAAUGAUAUGA